GCGGGUGGUUUUGUUAGUUUUUUUCUUCGAGCGGCGAAACGCCGCGCGAAGGGCUCUCUUUGACCAAGUUGAUUCAGCAAGAAGGCGUCGAAGGCGUGGAUAGGGUCAACCUUAAUAGGCUAUGGAGGAAACUCAGCCGGCGAAGGCCGAUCUUAAUGUAACGUGGAUGCUGUCUGUGUCGCAAAACAAAGGGCCGUGCGGAAUUCUCCUUGACUGCUGGACUCGACAAGGAGGCGUCGACGAACUGCACAGGGUCAAGUCGACUAGCGAUGGCCGCUCCGAUUACGAUGCAGAUACCGCCGUCGGGCAGGCCCGUCGGAGUCAAAACUCAAUGGUGCUCGCUGAACGAAUAUCGAGUGGGGUCAAAGAGAAAGGGGGUAGGAAGGGAGUAGAAGAUGAUGAACUCUGCAAGGCCAGCAGCAACAGGAGCGAUCAUCAGAAGGGGAUCAACAUACAGCGCAGGGGCAAGGGGUCGGAAGAAAGAGCCAUACCAGUGGAAUCAACAAGCGCUGAGAACCGGAGCACGCAGGAGCAGGAAAGGCAACAGCGACAGCAACCUGCGAAUCAGCUGGAGAGAUUGGCAUGGCAGGAGCGAGUGGGGGCUAGGUUGGAUGACAUACUGAAGGCAGGAGAGGGCUACGUCUGCCCGAUCGUCUUAUGGCGGGCGCCAGAGGAAAUCAGACUGCUCCUGGAGCGAGCGACGGAGGUACCAACCUUCGGAGUGACUCGCCUAUCUCAGGAACAGCAAGUACUCGAGAAGGUGACCGAGUGGUUGGGCCCAAGUGGAGCAAGUGCGAAUCGCACCGAUGGCUACGUCGGAUCAUUCAGCAGUAAAGCGAUAUUCCCGGUGGGUCGCCUAGAGAUGGGCCGCCCGCCGAAAGCGAUCCCAGCAUGGGUCUUUAAAAGCCCGGAGUAUCGCCCUGUGAUUGCAAAGUUUUGGGAAGACUGGACUGAAGAAUGCUCUCAGGACCAGCUGCUGAAGCAAAUCAUGAUAGCAGUGCAAAGACUGAGGGACAUUUUGCAGAGGCUACUGCGGGGAAACUAUCUGGCGCACAAGAAAACAGGGGAGGAGCAUGCCCAAAAGAUGGAGGAAUUGAACAAGGGCCCUGAGGAGAGCCAGACGGAGGAAGAAUGGUGGGCAGAGAGAGUGGAGGCAGCGCGAGGAUGGAGGGAAUUGCAGGCAGAAGACUCUACUAAAUGGGGCAGACGCACCAAAGAGGCAUGGAUCACGCUGGGGGAACGAAUGUCACGCCAGUUCUUUGUCACAGUGGCGACAAGAAAGGCAGCACCAUUAAUGACAGCCAUGGAUCACCCCUUCGAAGGCCAGACUGAACAGCAGCAUACUACUCGGGGAAUCUUGAAAUGUGUUACCGAUUUUUACCGCCAAUUACUGACGGAGGAGGAGCAGUGGACUCCCGAGGAGAUGGCCAGCAAACCUGAGCAGGACAUCUGGAGCCAUGUCCAGCGCCUCCUCAACCUCGCGGAUACAUGUAAAUUGGAAGAGGAUAUUACGACAGAGGAAGUGGCAAGAGCGAUAGCAGAGCUCCCUAGGCUUAAAACGCCCGGCUUGGAUGGAAUGUCGGCGGAGCACUACAAGGAACUCCGCAAUUUUCUCGUCAUUUUGCUGACAUCAGCUUACAAUGAGGCGCUUAAGGGGGGAGCCCUCCCACAAGGAUUCGUGGAUGCAUAUGUAGUUCUACUAUUUAAGAAGGGAGCUAAGGAGGACAUGCGAAACUGGCGCCAGAUUUCGAUCCUGAAUGCGCUGUAUAAAAUACUCGCCAAAAUCUUGGCAAACCGGCUGAAGGAAGCCCUACCAAGCAUUAUCGAUCAUACUCAUACUGGGUUCGUGGCAGGUCGCCAGAUUGUGUCGAAUAUUCUACUGGCCCAGCAAAUACUGGAGGAGGAGCAAUGCACAGGACAGGCCAUGGCUUUUGUAUCAAUAGACCUCGAGAAGGCCUAUGAUUGAGUCAGAUGGGAAUUCCUACUGCAAGGAAUGGCGAGAAGGGGAAUUGGACCCAUCCUGUGCAGUUGGAUUCGU